AAGAGAGCAAAAAAGAACGAAACAUACAACAGCCGGUGUUCGCCAGUGGUCACCCACCUGACUACUAAUCUGCCGGUUAGUGGCUUGUCUAUGGGGGAGCAGACGGGACCCCGAAUUUUCCACUACCUAUGGUCGUAUGUAUCUGUAUCAACAUUAGCUUAA